AUGCGCCAAUCGCUCUCACGACUGGCGUCCGCCGCGGCGCAGGGCGGGCUCCGGCCCAAGCCGACGGCCCUGCUGCCGCCCAUACCGCUCUACCGGCGGCUGCUGCGCGCGCACCGCAAGCACCUGCCAGCCGACAUGCGCGUUCUGGGCGACGAGUACAUCAAGGCCGAGUUCCGCGCCCACCGCAACAUUGACAACCCGGCGCAUCUCAUUGGCUUCUUGACCGAGUGGCAGCUGUACGCCCAGAAGAUCGAGGGCGACGCUUGGGCUGGCGAAAAGAUUGAGCAGGGAAAGCUCGAGAAGAUGAGCGGUGAGCUAUUUCCGGCUUCUUCAUCAUCCUUCCAUUACCUCUAA